ACAAUCAUUCUAUAUUUACUAAAGAUCACAAAGUUGUUUCAUUGUCUGAAAUGACAAAGGAAGACAUCCAAUCCAUGCUGAAAAAGGAAACUCCUUGCAAAUCCCAUGUCAAUCAAGAUGUUAAGUUGUACUGCAGUGACUGUAACGAGCUGAUCUGCCAGAUAUGCUUGAUAGAACUUCAUCACAACAGCCACAAGAUGAUAUCGCUACAGGAGUUCAUCGCUGCUCAGAAAGAUGAUCUAUCUAGACACCUCAAAGAAAUUGAGAACAUGGAUACCAACGAGAAUGAAAAGAAACAGCAAGAACAAAUUGCUGUUGACAUCAAACGUGAUGGACAAAAAGCUCAAAAACAAGUCAAGAGACUAACAAAACAGCUGAAGAAAAAAAUCGACAAUAGCGAAGAAGAACUUUUGAAUACCAUCCAGAAGAGCAUGACGAAGGCCAACAGGAAUUUACGCAUAAUACUUCACUCUCCAGCAGCGAAAGAAUACAUGAAAUACCUUAUUCAAAAUGGAACAGCAAGCGAAAUCAUUGCCACCCGAUCAGACACAGAAUGCUCAAAAGCAGUUGCCUACAGCACAUUUAACAAAGACUUGGGUGGGAUGAAAUUUCAACCUAAUGAACAACUUUGUGAGCAAGUAGAUUCUGGUGUAGGGUUGAUACAAGCCUUUAAAAGAGCUGACCCAAACAACAGCUUACUGCAAGCAGUAGGGGAAAAUGGUUUUGAAGCCAUGAAGAAAACAACUUUGAAAGUGACAAUUAAAAAUUAUAAAGAUGAGCUGUGUAACCCCCCACCAGAUGAUGUAACAAUACACAUCACUCCUGAGGAUGACGUCAAAGUAGGCAAGAAACAAGUGACAGCUGAUGGCCAAAUCAAAGUAAACUUCACUCCUCGUGUUCCUGGUCAGUUGACAGCAGAGGUUCAAGUACAUGGAAGUCCUGUAUCGAACAGUCCACUAGUGAUGGAUGUCAAACCACAGCACAUUGUGGAAAUGACCAAAAUUACUAAGCUGAAAGAAGCAUUGAAUACUGGAUCGAAGAACUUUACAGGUAUUGCAGUGAACAAAUCAAACACUGAGAUUGCUGUAGCAGACUGGAAGGCUUGUUGUGUCAGAGUGUUCAACAUGGAUGGGGAUUUGUUACUGUCAUAUCGUAGUAAAGAUAGAGGACAAGGAAAGAAGUUUGGUCCACUGGGAUUGGCAUUUCUGAAUGAGACAGAGUUAGUCAUAGCUGAUUACAAUAACCAUAGAAUAUGCAUAGUAGACACAACCUCUGGUACUUUAGUAAGAACCUUUGGUUGUCAAGGCAACAUGAAUGGUCAGUUUAGUCACCCCCGUGGGGUACAUGUUGAUGGUGAUUCUAAUAUCAUUGUGUGUGAUAAAAGUAAUCGUGUCCAGGUGUUCACAAAGAAUGGUGACUAUCUUUAUCAAUUCACAAUACCUGAAGAACAAAGCACAUGUGAUGUAGUUACACACAGUGGACUGUUUUAUGUUAGUGCUGAUGAGUCAGUGGUAAAUGUGAUAAAGAUGACAGACAACCAGUCACCAACUACCAUUACCUCUAUUGGUGGUGAGGACUACACAGAUGGUCGGCUACAUGACCCUGCUGGUCUAGCUAUUGACAAUGACAACAAUCUUCUGGUGUGUGAUUAUAAAUCAAGGCAGGUUUACAAGUUUACUUUGGAUGGUCGUUAUGUAGGAAAGACAGAUACACUGGAUUGUGAUCCCAACCGUAUAACAGUAUCAAGUGAUGGUCAGAUUAUGAGUACUUCUUGGAGCGGAGUGCACUUUCUCAAAUAACUAAGCUGAUACCUCAAUUUGAGACUAUUAUUUCUCAGAAACUCCAUUGGGUGUUUUAAUGUUGGUGACUUUGCAAGAUGUCUAAAUUAUUUUAGUAUCAAUAAAGCAGUAAGUAACAUGUGGAUUUAUCUUGAUUGCAUUCUGGUUCACUAAUACUGACAAAUUGUCUCUAAUAUAGCCGCUAGAGCAGAGUCACAUGAACCAUGAAAUAGACACUAAAAAGUACUAAUUAAUAGUCACUAUUAGUUCCUAAUUGUCGUUAUAGCACUGAAGAACAGUUUAUUUGAUCCGAUAAACAAUACCCAAGACUGACCACUAUAACAAUCAAAGUAAUCUCAUUGUACUUUUCUGGUUCAGUGAUAGUCUCUAAAUAGUGCCUAUUAGUUACUAAGUAUUUAUAAGUUGUUUCUAUGAUUUCAUGGUUCAACUGACUCUGCUCUAUUUUUUAUUAUUUAGUUUGAUUAUAUUUCAUGGUUUCCCUGCGUUUGCAGUCUACUUUGUUCUACAAAAUGAUAUAUAUAUUAUAUUACUUGAUUUGCAUAUGAUGUUUUCAAGUUCACUCUGGGCCGAAAUGUAUGGAGUUAACCCUGUAAUGAAGCUAAUCAGGUUUUCAGCCGGUUAUGGGGGCAACUCUAAAGCUACAUGUAUGCUACUUUGGCCCUCUCGCACAUUUAACUGUGAUCAUUGUUUUCAUUGAAAAGGGGAAGAAAACAAUAGAAAUCUGAAAUAAAUUGUCAAAAUAUCAAACUGAAUAGUCCAAUAA